CAGUAUUAAAUGUGACUCUGGUAUUUUCCGAAGAAAAGCUCAAACUUGUUUGCUCUCCAAUUGGAAUUCCAAGUAGGUAUCGAUUUGAUAAAUGGCAACACAUGUCAUUUUUUGGUCAACACAUUCGUUACAUCAAUGGUUCAGCCAAUGGUGAAUUGAUAUUCCCAUUAAAUUUCAGUGAUCAGGACAGGGGAAUUUAUACAUGCAAAGCUGAAAAUGGUAUUCUAGACACAGAAGGAAAUUUAUAUCAACACGGUUCUGCAUCUUUUGAUUCUGGAGGAUUACCAGUGUUUGUUGAUAGAAAUAAAAAUGUACAAUAUGGAUUAUACCACAAGAUUGCUACCCUUACCUUGUUCAUUAAAAGCAUUCCAAAAUAUGACAGAUUAUGUUGUUCUACAAAUCAAUGGAAACUUUGCAAAGAGAAUCACCUUAAUUAUUUUCAAGAGAGAAGUGCAGUUUUUCGAGACACAGUAUAUGGUGUUAAUGCGCUGGUUGAUGGAUACCAAAUUAUGUUUGUGACUCCUCCGUUAGAAAGUUCAGAUUUCACAAAUUAUACAUUUGAAGCUGCAAACUCUUUUGGAGUAGCUCGUUAUACCAUACAUUUAAGAGACAAAGGUAAUUCGUCUAACAAAACUGAACCAACUGCGUCAACCGGAAAAUCGUACAUGCCAUACGUCUUUCUAAUCGGGGGAUUUGUUAUAGUUUUAUCAGUUACUCAUCUCUGCAGUUGGUACUUCCGAAAACAUUAUAAAAAGACUGUAAUAACAGAGGAAGUACCGAAUGUAACAUCUGCCAAUUACAUUACGCAAGCUGGGGAACACUAUGAAGAGAUUAAUUUGAGCCAGGAAAUAGAAUCUCAACUUGAAAAAGACAAUGAUAGAAGUUUCAGUUGUAUUGCUGAAAACGCUGCCUCGGUUAAUGAUGAGAAAGUAGACGUAGACGUUUUAGAUGAAGACCUGCAUUGCCAACAAUUUAACACUGUUGUAUCCAGAAAUCAAUAUGAAAAGCUGAAUAAUGUGCAAACAGACAAUCCUGAGCAUGCCUAUCGCGGCACAAGAUCAAGUGAAACCUUUUUGAAAAUCUUUUGAAUCACUAAACAUCACUUUUAUCAUCAA